CGAAAGGAGACCGCGGCGUUCCGUUUUGGGAAAAACUCUAUCACGUGGAAAGCUUGCGAUGCGACUUCGACGCUCUUGGUGAAAAACCGCGCUGCAUCAGCGAUGAGGGUGGUUAUUUGUAGUGUGUUGUUGGUGACUUUGUUUUUGCACGUUGAUUGCGACAAUUGGCAGGAAUGGUGGACAUACGACGGUAUUUCAGGGCCUGGUUAUUGGGGUUUGAUGAAUCCCCAGUGGAAUAUGUGCUCAAAAGGGCGAAGACAGUCACCGAUAAACGUCGAACCUGACAAAUUGCUGUUUGAUCCCUACCUCAGGCUUAUUCACAUCGAUAAACAUAAAGUGAAUGGCAUGCUCCACAAUACGGGCCAAUCUCUCGUAUUCCGCGUGGAUAAAGACAGCAAAACGCACGUGAAUAUAUCAGGGGGGCCAUUAGCGUAUCGAUAUCAAUUUGAGGAGAUAUAUAUUCACUACGGUAUAGAGAAUCAGCAAGGUUCCGAGCACUACAUUCACGGAUACUCCUUUCCUGCAGAGAUCCAACUGUACGGCUUCAACAAAGAAUUAUACCACAAUAUGUCAGAAGCUCAGCACAAAUCGCAGGGCAUUGUCGGCAUUUCGCUAAUGGUUCAGAUUGGUGACAUGCCAAAUCCCGAGCUGCGAAUCAUCACGAGUGUCUUCAACAAAGUCCAAUAUAAGGGUGCAUAUACACCCAUAAAGCAUUUGUCUCUGAGAAGUCUUCUUCCCGAGACGGACCUAUUUAUGACUUAUGAGGGUUCCACCACCCAUCCAGGCUGUUGGGAAACUACUGUGUGGGUUAUAUUUAACAAGCCAAUUUAUAUAACAAAACACGAGUUGUACCAACUACGCAAAUUAAUGCAGGGUUCGGAGGAGGCGCCGAAGGCACCCCUGGGAAAUAACGCCCGUCCUGUUCAGCCCCUACACCAGCGAACUAUUCGGACAAAUAUUAACUUUAGAAACUCUGAUAACCUCAACUGUCCCUCCAUGAACAAGGAGAUGUAUUACAAAGCUAACAAAUGGACUCCCGAUGUCAAAGAGCAGAGCCCUUUCCAUACGCUUCAUUCGCUGCAUUGAAAGUCGAGGAGUCGACUGGCUCCCUGAGGGCUUGCUAACUUGACUUGCUAACUUUUCCCGACUUUGGGUUUCGUGUAAAUACCUUCGAUGGAAACGGACAUAUUUUUGUGAUAUGUAUGCAAUAAAUGACCAAAGUGUUUUAGUGUGACUGCUAGUGAAUUCCUGGUAGAUUUGCAAGCGCAAAAUUUACAUACAGAUACGCCGUGUCGGUGUCGCUGAUGAUGAUAUUAUAAAAAUGUUUAGAAAAAUUUCUCGUUAUAGUCGUUUUUUUUUUAAUACCGCGAAUCAAAUUUGUUGAGAUUAAUGAUUUAGUGAAGAAAAAAAGAGUAAUAAAAAUAGCCAAUUAUUAAAACAGAUCAGCUAGUAGUUAGUAAAUAAAAAAAUAUCUGAAUCUAUUUAAUGUAUCAUAUUUAAUCUGAGCGCGGCUGUUGCGAAAAUUGUAAAGUACUAUUAAAGAUUUA